AUGAUCAAUUUUCCGACUCCGUCGAACAUUGUACUUCCCGCUAAUAUUACGUAUACAUUACCCAAUUUUCGACCUGGCGAUAACCAAACAUUUGAUCGUGUGGUUGGUUCUCUAGUGGGUUUGACAAUUGGUGAUGCUCUUGGAGCAAGCGUCAAAUAUCGUCCUCGACAAUAUCUUUUAAAUUAUCCAGUACGUGACAUGCAAGCCGGUGGUAGCCGAGGUCUCAAAGCUGGUCAAUGGACCGAUAAUACAUCAAUGGCACUUUGUCUAGCUUCAUCGCUGCUGACACAACGAGGUUUCAAUCCUUAUGAUCAAAUGGUACGCUAUCUUUGGUGGUAUAAAUAUGGAUAUCUUUCGUCCACAGGUUCCUGCUUCGAUAUUGGUAAUACAACACGGGAUGCAUUAGAAGAAUUUGCGCGACGUCAACGUACUCUCAAGAGCUAUUAUCAUAUUACGACCGAUGCCGAAAUCGAUCGUCUUCCAUUGGGUCAUGUAACCCGAGUCACCGAAUUCGAUGCCAAUUGUGGCCUACCAGGUGUGACAACAAAUAGUGCUCUUGUCCGUCUCGCUUCCGUACCACUUUUCUUCCAUCGAUAUCCGGAAACUGCCGUGGAACUCUCUGGUCAAAGUGCACGCCUUACUCAUGGUGAUGCAAGAGCGAUCGAUGCUUGUCGUUACUUGGGCGCACUGAUCGUAGCUGCAGUUCGUGGUGAACCGAAGUAUUCUCUUCUUAGUAACGACUUUUAUCGUGCUCAUCAAGCAUGGUUUGGAUCGAAUGGACUUCAUGAAGAAGUGUAUCGUAUCAGCCUUGGAUCAUAUAAACAAGUACAAGGCUACGAUGGUGGUAUUCGAGGUGGAACUUACAUUGUCAAAGCCUUGGAAGCAGCGCUUUGGGCAUUUUGGAGCGAUGAAAAUUCGUUUCAAACUGGUAUUCUCAAAGCUGUCAAUCUAGGUGACGAUACAGAUUCAACAGCAGCUAUCUACGGUCAGUUGGCAGGCGCUUAUUAUGGACGUUCUGCUAUUCCUAUACAUUGGAUCAAACAGCUAUAUGCAGCACCUUUGAUUGAGUGCAUCAGCCAAUGGCUUUACAUCGGAGCCCACCAGAAUGACGCUCAAACUCGAAAAUCUAUCGCUGCACCAAUGGGAUUUCGAGCACCGAUACAGAUGCAACCAUCAUCUAUGCCAGGAGCUACUCAACAUGAAUUCGUCCGAAAUGAUCAACCUCGUGCGGCACAAAAGAAAAUAUUUGAUAUCUCACGCGCUAGUGUCGAGACUUUAGAUCCACACCGAGCAUGGCGAUAUUUACCCUCACCCCUAGAUAUGGCUGCUGGUUUACCAAGCGAUCACAAUGUACCGAAAUCGAUACCUUCGACAUCAAAAGACUGGCUAACCUUUCCACAAGCACGAUUCAAAUAUACCAAUUAA